GUGCGCGGAGGCCCCGCGCGCACCUGCCGGGCCGCGGGGCGGCUGGCGGGCUCCGAUGGCGGAGGGCGGCGGCCCCGACGGGCGGGCCGGGCCGGGGCCCGCAGGUCCCAAUCUGAAGGAGUGGCUGCGGGAGCAGUUUUGUGACCACCCGCUGGAGCACUGCGAGGACACGCGGCUGCACGACGCCGCCUACGUGGGGGACCUGCAGACCCUGCGGAGCCUGCUGCAGGAGGAGGGCUACCGGAGUCGCAUCAAUGAGAAGUCUGUCUGGUGUUGCGGCUGGCUCCCCUGCACACCACUGCGGAUUGCGGCCACCGCGGGCCACGGGAACUGCGUGGAUUUCCUCAUCCGCAAGGGGGCCGAGGUGGACCUGGUUGACGUCAAGGGGCAGACGGCCCUGUACGUGGCUGUGGUGAACGGGCACCUGGAGAGUGCCCAGAUCCUUCUGGAAGCUGGUGCCGACCCCAAUGGAAGCCGGCACCACCGCAGCACCCCGGUGUACCAUGCCUCUCGCGUGGGCAGGGCCGACAUCCUGAAGGCUCUCAUCAGGUAUGGGGCCGACGUGGACAUCAAUCACCACCUGACUCCUGACGCCCAGCCCCCUUUCUCCAGGCGGCUCACCUCGCUGGUGGUCUGCCCGCUGUACAUCAGCGCGGCCUACCACAACCUGCAGUGCUUCAGGCUGCUCCUGCAGGCCGGGGCGAACCCCGACUUCAACUGCAACGGCCCGGUCAGCACGCAGGAGCUGUACCGGGGCUCCCCCGCGUGCGUGAUGGACGCCGUCCUGCGCCACGGCUGCGAGGCGGCCUUCGUGAGUCUCCUGGUGGAGUUCGGCGCCAACCUGAACCUGGUGAAGUGGGAGUCGCUGGGCCCGGAGUCGAGAGGCCGGAGGAAGCUGGACCCCGAGGCCCUGCAGGUCUUCCAGGAGGCCCGAAGUGUACCCAGGACCCUGCUGAGUUUGUGCCGCGUGGCUGUGAGAAGAGCUCUUGGCAAAUACCGCCUUCCCCUGAUCCCCUCGCUACCUCUGCCGGACCCCAUAAAGAGGUUUCUCCUUCAUGAGUAGAGCGCAGAGGCGACGGCUCUCGGCAGCAAGGGAGAGGCCGGCCCGCGGGAACGCUUGGCACCGCUGACCCGCGCACCGCGCCCUGUGCGGCGGCCAGGCGGAAAUGGCCUUGUUCCCGGGGACCGUAAUGACACCUCAGGUGCUUGGGCACUGAACAGACCUCGGAUCAGCGGCAGCUGAACGGCUCAGACAGAACUUGACUUUGGGCCUUGAAACCCUCUCUGUGUUGGAUCUCCGCACUUGCAGAUGAACGAGUGGGCCGUGAAAUGUGUGAAUCGUGAGUGCGGCUGGAGGUCUGUGGACAGCCCCAAGUAGGGAAGAAAGAGUCCUAGCACUUUCCAGAACUGUGCUUCUAUUUAUUUUUCUACUUUACUAUUUAAUUGCUCUAUUAAAGCCUGAUAUCUAAGUGUAAGGUUUUAGUAAAAAAAAACCCAAACAAAAAAACCCAGAAACCAAAUCAAACCAAAACAGCAGGUGGGGAGCGGACGUGCGGCUUGUGCACUUGCGAGCUCGUGUUCCCGCCUGCCGCCCCAGCGCUCUCCCGGGCGUCGCCUUCACCCCGGGGCGGCUGGGCGUGCCACCUGCCUCAGCACCGAGGUCCCAGGGCCGUCGCCCCAGGCGGCACGGCACCUGCUCUCGGUCCCGCCGACAGGAGGCCUGGCUUGUUCUGCCGGUUUAUUCCAGACGGGGAGUUUGUAGACAAGGACUGAUUCCUGGAGGCCUCCACGACCUGGCCAGUAAAGGACCGCCUGCGUUCAGACCCAGGACCAUCCCCAGCAGCACCCACUGCCGGUCCCAGUGGAAGGCCGUCCCUCGCACGCCCGAAGGCGGAGGAUUAAGUCGCUCCCUUGUAGACGGAACCUCUGGUGACUACUUGAUGGCUCUUCCCUUUGUAGGAGCCUAAAUGGUGGCUGCUCCAAGAGGCUAAGAAGGGACAGCGGUGACGUCAGCAGUCUUCUCCUGGUGUUCCCGGGGUGUGGAGGUAGAUGGGAGAGAUGGCGUGUCACUGCAGGUGCUCUCGGCAGUGUGGGCGAGGCUUACUUUCUCUCCCAGGGCUACGAGUCCCGUGAGAGGGUCAUUAGCAGGUGGGCCAGGGACCGCUGCUGUUUCCAGUGAAUCCCCGAAGCCGCUGAUUCUGAUGUUUAGGAAUGAGGUUUCAGCUCUCUGAUUCACAAGAACGAAUGGCAUUUUGUUGUAAUUAGCAUCAGUGUGCUGCCAGUGGAGCAGGCCACGGGUGACCACCCCUAACCCCUCAGUCACAGGAGCGCUGAGCUGCCCCAGCCUCCGACAGGGGCAUGCGGGCCUGAGCUGGCACAGUGAUGCGGAAGUCCAGGAUGGCAGAGAGAACCAGGGAGGGCGGGCAGAAGGAGCAGACCAGUGUUGCCCUAACGUGGGUCCCCCAGUGUUGGGCAUACCUGCAUGCCCCAGCACACUUCUCUAUCAAGUUGUUUUAAACUCAAGAUCUCUCUAGAUACACCAGGUCACCAGUACGCAUAAAUCUGGUGUGAGCACGGCACCUGCCGGUAGCUCUCCUGUACUUACAGAGUUGAGUUUGCAUCUGUCAUGUAGCUGGCAGGGCCCUGCUCCUCCCCGAGGGGUUGAGCCGGGUGAGGGGCGGGGCCUGAGCCCCGUGAGGGGCGGGGCCUGGAGGGCGGGGCCUGAGCGUGGUGACCUGUUGAAGCCGAUGCCCGCCACCCACCCUCCAUUUCCCUUCCUGCCUUGGUUGGAGUGCGCGUUUGUCUGCAAUGGCUGGGAUCAGGACUGCUUUUGCUCUUGUGCCUAAUUUAAGAGUUUUCAAAAGUAUGGUGGGCAUUUUGAUACGUUAUAACUUUAAUAAAUGUGUGAUUCCCUCCUC